AUGCCCGCGGUGGGCGAGAAGCGUGAGCCCUCCGAGGUGGCGCCAUCGAGCGUCGCUGCAAUGCUUGCCAAGAAGCUGCGCUCGCUCGACGACUCGUCGCUCAAUCAGCUCCUGAGCAAGGCGGCAGCCGCUGGCGGCGAGGGCCUCACGGACGGUCCGCAGUCGGACAGCGCCGGAGAGCCGCAGGGGGCGGGCGGCGGCCAGGCUGCUGGCGACGGCCAGAGCGGCAGCCCCGGCGGCGGCCAGUGCGAGAGCGCCGGCGGCUCCAUGGCAGCGCCGGGCGGCCUGGGCGGGAUGAAGACCCUCGGUGGCGGCAUGCCGAUGGGCGGCCAGCUCGGGCAGGGCGGGAUGCCAGGCAUGCAAGGCGCCCGCGCGCACGGCGCUCGCGCGGAUGGGGCUGACCGGGCGGCAUGCAGGGCAUGCAGAUGCAAGGCGCGGCCGCACACACCUUGCCGCCUGCAGCCCGGCCUCGCCUGA